GCAUGAGACGGUAAUGUGCGGAUUAAAAUCAGCUGUACAUUAGGACCCUGGGACAUGCCACUGUGGAUCAUAUUUUAAUCACAUCAGCGGGGUUUUGUUUAAAACUGAAUUUAAUUUCAGUGGAUGUACGUCAACAGGGCUGGGAAAUAUGGCUGCAUAUGAUGACAGACAGUCACUGGCACUGUGUUGGUACACAGCCUGAUCUGACAGCAUGGGACUCAAGCUCAGUGCAAAGGCGCAACAGAGCCACAGGCUGGUGAUCUUCGCGGCCAUCUUCGUCCUGAUGACACUCCUCAUCCUCUAUGGCUCCAACAAUGUCAACGAUAACAUCUACUCUCCGCUACAUCUGGCUAUAAAUAAUGCCAUCAAGGCCACAGAUCUGAAGAAGUGGUCUGGGAAAGACGGAUAUGUGCCAUUUCAUGGGAACAAGACAAUGAACCUGCGCUGUGGUAACUGUGCUCUGGUGACGAGCUCCAGCCACGUACUGGGGAGUCGUGCCGGAGCAGAGAUCGACCGGGCGCAGUGUGUGAUCCGGAUGAACGACGCCCCCACGCUGGGCUUUGAGGCGGACGUGGGGAACAAGACGUCUGUGAGGGUGGUGGCUCACUCCAGCGUGUUCAGGGUGGUCCGCAGGCCCAAUGAGCUCCUGCAGAGGCCUGACAGCAACCCCGUCAUCAUCUUCUGGGGACCCCCCAACAAGAUGGGGAAGGACGCCAAAGGGACCCUGUACCGGCUGAUCCAGAGGGUCAGCAUGACCUACAGCAACAUGUCCUGCUUCAGCAUCACCGCCAGCAAGAUGCGCCGCUUCGACAGCCUGUUUCACCGGGAGACCGGGCGGGACAGACAAAAAUCUCACUCCUGGCUAAGCACAGGCUGGUUCACCAUGGUCAUCGCCAUCGAGCUAUGUGAUAGCAUCAAAGUGUAUGGGAUGGUCCCAUCCAAUUACUGUGGAAAAUCUAAACCUCCUGCCAAGAAGAUGCCCUACCACUACUACAAGCCCAGGGGGUCGGAUGAAUGUGUAACUUACCUGCAGCAUGAGGGCGGCCGCAGAGGGAACCACCAUCGCUUCAUCACUGAGAAACAAGUGUUUGGCCGCUGGGCGAAGCAGUACAACAUCACCUUCUCUCACCCCAAUUGGGUUUAGACUUUUGUAAAAAUAGAAGAGAGAAAUAUCCACACUAAAAGCGGCUUGAUUGAAAGAAUGAGCCUUCAUGAAGCCACAUCAUCAUAAACACGCCAUGGGGACGAAAAAUCUUUUGGUCAAAACAGUUUGGACCAAUUGAGAGGAAAGAAUAUAUAGUGUAAAUCCCCAUUUUUGUAAAUAGAGAAGAAAUUGAAUUUAAAGAGGAAUUUUUUGACAUGUUUAUAAUAUUUUUGUUAUUGAAAAUGCACUUGUGUUUCCCAUGCUCAGGGGGGAUUAUAUCAGCAAGCAUUCUCAUGAAACAUCUAAAUGGACUACAAAACUAUGUUAGCUCUACAUAAACCGUCUCUUAUACAAAAGUCAACCUCUAAAGUAACUGCAGUCAGAUUCAACUAAAUACUUUUAUCUGCAUGUACAUUUCAGUAUACUUAGAUGUAGUAUGGGAGCAAUAUGACGUACAGUACCUUAUACUUUUCAUUAUUUUGGUUCUAAUAAGUUCUUCAUACAUUUUGAAACAAAGACUUACAUUUUGCCCCAAAAGGGAUUUAAAGCGGCCCCAUUAUUCUUUUUGGGGUUUUCCCUAUCCUGUAGUGCGUUAUAGGUUUUUGUGCAUGUAAAUGGUCUGCAAAGGCUAAAAUCCCAAAUUCCAUUGGACUCCUUUGUUUACUUAUGGAACAUAGUGACAUCACUAUGUAACAGUCGCUCUUCUAUUGGCUAGUGCUCCCACUAAUUGUACCUGAAAGGCUAAGGAGCAGAACGUCGUUAAGCGGUUGAGCAAUCACAACAGAGCCGGCCAGCUAAGCAAUCACAGCAGACUGGGCUCUGGUUUCAGACAGAGGGUGAAAAGAGGUGCUGCAGCACAGGCAGUAUGAGAAACAUAAAGAGCUUUUUGAACGUUAAAGCAUGGAGACAUGUCACAGUACUGCUUUGGAACCUGACAAUGAGCAGAGUAGAGCCCCUCUAUAGACACAGGACACAUUCAGAUUCUUGAAAUGAUGUGGCGAGAAAACUAUUCUACAGAUACAGAUUGCCACUUUCACAGAAUACUUGAGUCUUAAUACUAAGAUUAGUUUUUCCCAAUCAUAACAAGUUGUCAUAUCCUCGAUUUGUCUAAUAUAGUACUUAAUUGUAACAUUAUUGAUGUUGAUUUGAAUGUUUUCAUGAAAGUGAGAGUUAACAUAGUUGUUGCCUCAUGACCUUCUUACCUCAGUGGCAUUUCAGCGCAUGCAUCUUAAAUUCACAAAAUGCAUCCUGCUCGAGUUAUAUAUAAUAUCAGUACGCUCUUAGGAAUGCACCAUUCAAUUAAACAUGACUAAACAAAACAGGAUGCAGAGAAGGGUACAAUAUCUUAAACUGUGAUGCCUUUUGCAAACAAGAUGCUUCUUCAUAAUUAAGGGAGCAAUGUGCUUGAUCAGAAGCCAGUAUAAUCAAUAUUUUCAGAAAAAGUGAUUCAUAGGACUUUACUGAUAUUAAAUUGCCUGCUAAAUAUAUUUAGAUAUUACCCAGAAAAAGUAACAUUUCUAUAGAGUAUGAUGCAAAAACUGUGAAUAUCUUACCCAUCAGAGUUAUAUAAACUAACUAAGUUUAAGAAAGAUAAAUAAAACUAGAUGCAAUUCAGCAGCACAACAAACUACAGGCAUUAAAAUAUUGAAUUACUGGUACUAGUUUUGUAAAAGUUUAAACUGAAAAUGUAUAAAAGUAUGUUUUAUUGCAGGAGUUGUAUCAAAGUACAUAUUGCCUUGUUUACCUUAUUAUCUGGGAACUGAGUGUAUAACAAGCUAAUCCACAAAUACUUAGACGUCCUAUUCCCUGUAAACCUGGCAUUCAAAUUAAAUAUUUGCCUGGCUGCUUUUGUAUUUAUGAGAGAAUAAAAUGCUCAUACAUAUGGGUAGAUUAAUGCACGUAGCAUGCCUGGCAACUGGAAAGUGAUCGCAUCGUUACACAAUCUGUUGGAUGAACUGCUUAGGAACCUGAAGCAGACUCAUUGACGAAAAUAUUCAGUGCCAUUUGUACGGUGGCUAACGGGUGCAAACGCGUGACAACGGCACGAAACCUUUCCAUUUGGACAAACGGGCUGCAGCUUCAAAAACAAUGCAAAUAUAAAAAUGAAAUGUGCGAAAACAUACAAAUGAAGAAACAUCUUCACCACCGUGACACACAUGCGCAGGGUUUACUAAAACACUGCAGAUACAGAAACACUGCAACACUGUUGACGUUCAGGACUAUAAAGUCCUUCAGUGUUUUGGGCUGUUGUAGCGCGUUUGCACCGGUCUGCCUCCGUACAUUUAUCUGUACAUGUUGUGCCAUCUCAGUGCAGUUUUUUCAUUAAAAGUACUGUAACAAAAGUCAUUAUAUGCUUUUAAAUCUACAUUACAAGUCAGCUCAAGCUUGUGGAUAGUUUUUGUAUUUAAAUAUGUACAAUAUGUUUCGGCUUUUACAAACAAUGACAUACAGAAUGAAGAACGAAUGACAAAGAUGUUGAAUGUUUGAAACAGCUGCUUUUACAGUAAGCAACACUCUGAUAAUGGAAAAAGUACAUCUUGAUGGUGAUUAUAAACAGUCUGCCAGCCUUUG